AUGGACGACAUAGCAAGGCAACACUAUCAGGAUAACGCGAAAAUGAGUGAUAACAUUACUAGGCAUAAGUCCCAGAGAUGGGUUAGCGCGUCAAAGGCAAACUAUGACGGUGCUGAUUGGGAUGCCUAUUCAUCUAAUUCUGAGGAUGAGGGCCUAACGAAUAAUAUUCCGCAACUACCACAGGUAAAUAUUCCUGAAUCUAACAACAUUGCAAAAUCUAGCUCACCUGAUCCAUCAAUUGGCACCUGCCUAAGAUCUGACUCUCUGAAUACAUCUGUAAGAUCAGGAAAUAAAUCUGUCAAUGAUGAUCUAGAUUCUCUAAUGCAUCAAAUAUCUCAAGAGAUGACUGCAAAAGAUGAGGACGUUAACAAUACCAGUGAUCCAGAGGAUGAAGAUGAUGCAGAAUUGAAGGUAUCGAAGACUGGCUAUUUUGCCGCAUACGUAAACGAUGAAGAUACGGAUGACAGAGAAUCUGUUAAAAGUGAUAUAGAAUCGGCCAAGCUAGCUGAAUCUGCUACGGAGAUUAACAAAACAGAUAAUGCGAAAGCAGAAUCGGUUAGUGAAGUUGAGUCUGUAGCAGAAUCAGUUAAGAGAGCUAAGGUUGAAGUUGAACCUGUCCAGAUUGUGAAUGUUGGGGAAGAAUCCUUUAAGGGAGAUGAUUCUGAAGCAGAGUCGGUUAAAAGAGCUGAUGUUGAAGUGGAACCUUUCAAGAUAGUCAGUGCAGAGGAAGAACCCCUUAAAGGAGAUGAUACCGAAGUAGAACUUUUCAAGAAUGCUGCUUCUGAAGUAGAAACUAGCCAAAUAUCAGUGGAGUUGCAAGACGAAAUGAUUGACCCAACAACUGAAAUUCCUUCUAGAAUACAGGGUGAUGUUGCAAUUUCAGAUGACAAAGGCAGUAAAGACGCGGUAGAUGAAGAUAACUGGUCCAAAUCAGACAGUCAUCCAGAAUCAAUUGGAAGUCAAGAUAAAGAAGAGAUGCCUCCAAGUUCUAUUAAUAGUCUUCCGUCAGAAUCCCAGUUGUCUAUUCAACACUCAAAAGAAGGAGACAGCAAUGAUUCUGAUUCACUGCUAAAUGGUUAUGGUUCAGAACCAAGUUUGAUGAAAGACAAUGCGUCGCCUGUAAAGCUUCGUAAAACAUCCAAAACAGACCUGUCAUAUCACGACGGGUAUUCAUCAGAGUCUUCUGGCGAAGAGAAGGAACGUGCUAUUUCCGAAGUUAGCCUGGGACAGUAUGUUGUUCAUUCUGCAGAAUCUUUUAAAUUCAGAAACCCUGUCAGGAACUCUGUUCUCGAUUCAAGCGAUGAUGACAUAGAUUAUACUGAUGAGGAUGGAGAUUUAGAAGUCACUAAAAGUGGCUAUUUCGCUGCGAUGGUUGAUGAGGACAAGGAAAUCGACGAUUCAGAUAGGCAUACAUUGAAUAACAACGAUACAGAUGGACUGACAGCUGAUAGCGAUGUUAAUUCGAUAACGGAGAGCGUAACGAAACGAUUGAGUCAAUCCUCUAUAACCCAAUCGGACGUUCCAGAUCAGAAUUCUGAAAAUGACGUCGGAGGAUAUUCUGACAGCUCUGAAGACGAGGAAGACGGCCCACAGAAAUUAGCAUUCUCAACCAGGGAGUCAAUCAAUCUAGGCAAGUGGAAACCAGACACCGAUGCAUUCCGAUCUGGUUUUGUUACUGAGACCAUCGAUAUCAACAAUCCUCCCGAAGGAUACACCGUAAAUGAGGACGGGGAAAUUGUUGAAGUGAACAAAAACACAACAUCCAAUAUUCAACGCAAUUCAUCGGUAGCAUCAGACGGAGAAAGUCAAUUUAAUGCUUUUCCACAUGACGUUGCAUCAGAUGAUGACGACCUCAAGACGAUUGCUGACACUAAAACAAUUUAUGACAAUCAAACCAUAUAUAACGUUCCUGCUCUGAUUGCCAAUAAUGCAUCUGCUCCGGCUCUCCCUACGAACAUACAAAUUACCAAUGAAUCUACUGACUACGUUUCUAGUAACGAUACUAUAUUCAAACACGUGAACGGUGAAGCUCCAAAAGGUGAAUCAAAAUUAAAAGAAGCAUUCAGUUCUGAAGGAGAUGAAAUUCCAUCAGUGGUUCACCAGUCAACUGUCCCGAAUCUAGACUUGGUCAAGCUUUUAAGCAGUAAUGAGCUUCACUCCCAAAAACUAAAAAAAUUAAACAAUUACAAGGAACAAUUAAAAGAAUAUGACUCCGGACUCCAGAGCUGGAUCCAAUAUGCUUUGAAGUCUUCUACCACAUCUGAUAAGGAUUUUAUCUUCAAAGACUACAAAGUCAAUAAACAUGUUCAAGAUGCUUAUGCUCAAGCGGAUAUUUUGAGUAAAAAGAACAGCGUCGCAAAUACGGUGAACCAAAAUGUUACACAUUUGAAGAAGAAGAUGUUUUCUAGCAGCAUGAGAGAAAAAUCUAAGGGGUUAUUCUCAUCUAUAGGUAAAAAAUUGUAG